ACUUUUGACUUUGACGUUUAACUGACAAUGCGCCAUUGACUUACUUUUGGCAAAGAAUAUCUCAGUUAGCAUUACUAUGUUUUGUUUUAGUAUAAAAGUGUGAAAUAUAACCUAUGGAAACCUAUGGAAGAUAAUGUUCAUAAUGCCAAAUUAUUAUAAUUAUUAAUCAAUUAAUAAGAUUUUUUUGUGUUUCGUUGUAUUAUAAAAAACAUACUGCGAAAUGUCAAUGGGUAGCUUUAGAAUAAGUAUCUAAUUAUAAUGAUUGGUUAUUAAUUGUCUCUCAAUGUAGGCACAAGGUUAUUUUUAACAUCAGCUUAUUAUUAAUUUGUAUUACUUAUCAUAAUAAUUAUCAUACAUACAUUAUUAGGUUACUGCUUUCGCAAUUAACAAAUUAAGAUGACAGUUUUUCUGUUGGCGUGGGCCCAAAGCGAAGUGUUUUCUUUGUGUCGUAGAAAAUGUAUAUUAUAAAAUAUUUUUUAUUCUUUUGUGCCAGUAUUACGAUUGUAAAUACAGAAAAGAGAUUUUAUAUGAAACAAGUGAUAAUUUUAAGUAGACAUAAUUUGAGAACGCCAUUGUCUAAAUACUUGGAAAUUAUGACACCGAAGACUUGGCCAGCGUGGAAGGAAAAGAGUGGAUACUUGACUGCUAAAGGUGCUUUACUUGAAGGAUACAUGGGUGGAUUUUUCUCUGACUGGCUGAAAGAAGAAAGUGUAUUAUCGAGUGGUUGUCCUGCUGAGGAUGUUUUUUACGCCUAUGCCAACAUAAAACAAAGGACAAUAGCUUCCGCAGAGGCCUUUGUAAACCGGGCAUUCCCCAACUGUAAUAUUACUAUCCAUUAUAGCAGCACUGUAGAUCCUAUAUUUAAUCCAGUUAUUCAUAAUAAAACUGCAGCUUUCAAAGAUUAUGUUAUUAAAGAAAUGAAGGCACAUUUAAAAUCGUUAAAACUGAACGAUUCGUAUGAUCUUUUAGGAAAUAUUUUAGAUUAUAAUCAUUCAAAACUUUGUGAAACGAAUCACCAGUGUAAUUUAAAAACUGAUAAAAAUAAUAUUAUUGUUGUACCUGAUGAGAAACCAAAUUUGUGGGGACCAAUCAAAAUUGGUAACUCUGUAGUUGAUGCUUUUGUCAUGCAAUACUAUGAAGGAUUUCCUAUUAAUAUUGUUGCCUGGGGAUAUUUGUAUGAUCAGGAACAGUGGGGGAAAAUUAUGCCACUGAGUAGAGGCUUCCAUAAUGUAAUAUUUAAUACUUCUCUAGUUGCUAAAGAUAUAGCAAAACCACUAAUUAAAUAUAUAGCAGAUUUAUGUCUAGGACAUAAUGUGGCGCCAAAAGUGACUUUACUUAUGGGUCACGAUGCGAAUAUGUAUACAUUACUUGAAGGGAUGGGUUUUAAACCGUAUUCAUUAAUAAAUCAACACGAACUAGUCCCCGUUGGCGGUAAAAUAGUUUUCCAAAAAUGGUACGAUGCUGUGUCCAGACAGAAUUUUUUGAAAAUUAAUUUUAUCUAUCAGUCAAUGAAACAGUUAAGGGACAGUGUACCGUUAUCUUUGAGUAAUCCACCACAGUUCGAAUUGCUCGAAUUGGAAAAUUGUAAAGUUGACAGUAACGGUUUUUGUCUAUGGAAUGUAUUUGAAGAUUUUCUAAAAACUUUGAUCCAGUGACACGCAAGUGACAUGACAUGAUUUUAAUUAGAUAAAUACAAUUUUAUUGUGCUUGUUUUUUAUUCUGCAUAAUAAACUUGUUAGGUUGUUUUAAUAUUCCGAUAGCAAUGUAGAUUAAGUAUUUUUUUUUAAUGGAUGACAAUGGAAUGGUAACCCCACCCGCGCUAUCGGUAUACACCGGCGGGGCACCAGUGUAGGAUGAUAGGUGAGUAGAUGAAGUAGGUCAGUAAGCCCAUCGUGACGAAUUCAACAAGAAUUGUUCACGAUGGUUUCCAGGGGGAACCACGUGGAGGUCGACCUAAUAAGGCAAAUUGCUAACAAUGGGGCUGUCAAACUCCAUUACUAACAAUCCCUUUCCCCCCUGUAGAUUAAGUAUUAAUAUUUUUGUUCAAAAAUUAACUUACAUGGAAAUUGAAAAUUAAGUGAAUAAUAACAAAAUAUUAUACGAGUAUAUUGAGUCAACAGGUGGUAUUUUUUCAUUUAAAAUUAAUACAAGCAAUAAUAAAGAAAUAUUCAGUGUAUUUAUAAAUAACUGUAUGUAUUUAAUUUUGAAAUUACGUACCAUGAAUUCACAUAAUUAAUCGAUUUUGUAUGAAUGAGAAAAUACUUAUUUAUUUAUAUUUCUCUAUUAACUAAUGUAACAGUUUUCGUUACACAAUGGCAAGACUAUACAUUUCAUUUUAAUUUUUAUAAUAAGAAAAUAAAUGAUAACAAUAUUUGAAAUAUAAAAUAAAUAAAUAUGUUUUAUUUUUAAUAUGAAAUUACAUUAUAGUAAUUACAUUAAGUAAACAUAAUUACUGUGGUGAAUUAUUAUUUAUAUAUGUUAAAAUAUUAUGUUUAAUUAAUUAAUGAAAUAUAUUAUUUUUGUAUCAUCUAUAUAAGUAUGUAUCUAUAUAAUAUAAUUUUACCUUUUGCUGUUAAAUUGGUUACACAGGUUACACUCUGGGUUUGUUGCACGCGUCCGUGUAGCCAUACUUCAGGUUGCAGCUGAAAAUCAGUGCUUUGUUUUUAAGCAAAACUAUCACUGAGCUGUGUAGCCUAUUUGGGUCACUGCGACACACUUGGUGAAAACAUAUCUCCAAUAUUCAUCUUUUGUUUUAUAUUUGAAAAAAUGUAAAUAAUGAGAUUGUAUAAAUUUAUUUAUUAAUUUACGUGUGUCAUAAAUGGCUCAAAUAAAGUGUUUAUCUAUCUAUCUAUCUAUAGUUGU